AUGGAUACUCUGACCCGUAAACGGAGAGGUGCAGGAGUUAGCGAACCUGAAGAGGCCAGUGGGGCCGCGGAAAGGGAAUAUGAGACAGCCUUGAGUCAAGCAGAGCCUAAGACCGGCUCUGGCGGCAGCGUCAGUGGGACCUUGCUGAAUGGCGUGGCAGGUGGGGAUGCGUCCCCAGGGACUCUGGAGUCCGGGGAGGCUCGGGCCCGUGAACAGGCCUAUCCGUUUCCUUCGGCAAGUCCAUUUCACAGCGAUCGAGUGAAGGCAGAGGUCGAGCUCAUAAGGACUCGACCUGUGUCUCUGGAUGAAGAUGCCAGGAAAUUUACCAAAGAAUAUGACGAUGCUGCCUUGGGAGAUGCUGCGGGAACCCUUCAACAGGAGCCAGACUAUGCUGCGCUGACAGGUGACCAUGGGGUGGUUCGAGACGCUCCGAGAGUGGCUCGAGUGGAGCCCUCUUCUGGUGACCAAGGUGUGAUCAGGGGGGCUGAGGAGCCAUUUUUGGCUGCUCCUACCAGUGGGAGUGGGAGUGCGCCGAGAGGCCCGGCAGGACUGGGGUUGACGGAGCCACAAGCAAGCACCGUGGAGAUCGAGGAGGCAGCUGGUGGAGAUGAAGAUGUGAGGGAGCUUAUCCCGGCUGAGGAUCGGUUUGAGAGAAUGGAGGCCCUCCUUCUUCAGGUGGUUGAAGAAAACCGUAGUUUGAAGCGUCGCUUGGACCAACAGAUUGAGUCUAGGUCCCAUAGCAGCUAUCAUAGCGGGGUUGCUACUGCAGACCAGGCCUUCUCCCCUGCGACCUUUGGUCCAAGAGUGGAUGCCAGUGUACAGCAGUUCAUGCCGGUAGAUUUCCCGGGUCAAGGAGGUAUGAUGGGUUCGGGUUUUAUGGGUCUGAUGAAUAGGUCCCCGGAACCUGAACCUCCACAGACCAUGAGGCAGUUUGCUGAGAGUGUAAGAGUAGCAGAGGCUUCUCAAGGGUUAUCCUUUGUCUCCUGGUGGGACGGUGAUCCGUCCGCCACCUUUGCCGAUUGCGCCGGCGCCGAUGACGUCGAGAAGCUUCGCAGGUGUGCCUGGCUUGUGGACAAGAGGGGCACUUCCGUUCUGAUUGCCCACUGGUCUCCCCAGAGAAUCGAGGCAAAGAGGAUCACGGAAGAUGCAGAUCCGAAGCCGUCCUCUGCUGGUAGCUCCGGUGCUUCGGUGUCGAGUGCGAGCCCGAUUGUGAGCCAAGAGGCACUGGUGGCUGAGGCUACUAAGCUACUUAAGGGGGUUGCCUUGCGGGCUAUAGGAGUUGAGGAAGGGCCUGACUGGUCGUGGGUUCGUUCUGCUCUAGCCAGCGCCUCUAACCCUGAGUACUGUCUGAUUGACAGUGGCGCUACCAACGCGCUGCGACCUGCAGAAGCCGACGAGUUAAAGGCAGGAAAGGUGAUUCGAGUAGAUCUGGCUUCGGGUACCACAGAGUUGAGGAUUAACGAGUUUGGCACCCUUCUCCAUGGAGGCCAGUGCCAGGUCAUCCUUCCUGCCAGUUACCUUGUAGACUUGGGAUAUUCAAUCUCCUGGAAACGGAAGGGAUGCACGGUGAAGCAUCCUAAGCAAGGGGGGCUACAAGUUAUUGUGGUUAAAGGGUGUCCUUUGAUACCAAGGGAGGUCGGUCUUGGUUUGUUGCAGGCGUACGAGGAUAAGAGGGCUGGGAGGCCGGUUCUGAGCAAGGUAGAGGUUGAGGAUCUGGGGUCUGGUUUGGUUGCUGGGAAGGCCAGAAUGUGGCUAAGGGAGCGACUGCAGCUUCGGUCCGAAACUGGGAUAUCAGAGGUGGACCAGCUAAUUUUUCUGCGGGCUAUGUUCCCGCAGGUGCCGCUGAAAUCUUUAGCCCGGGCCUGUGCGGUGACGUUGUCAUCAGAGAAUGUUGAUUGGACUGAGCUGCCUUGGAGUCGAAGACUUCGUAGGUCAAUUGACCGAGCCGAGGAAGGUUCAGUUAUGGUAGCUGUGCCGUUGGUGUUCCAGGCACUUAUGAAGUGGGCCCACUCAGGGGUGAUUGGGGCUUUGGUGAAGGGUGCUGAGGGCUUUACUUACGAGCUCUAUGGAAGACCCCAUGGGAUCUUCGUGGCGUUUGGGCCCAUGGCCUUUAGGUUGGUAACCUCGUCCUGGUUCCUCUACGAGGCUAUUCAUGAAGUAAGGGUGGUUGGCUGGGUAGGGAAUCUGUUGCAUUUGGUGCAGAGGGCUUGGUUGAUGUGGAAAUGGGAGCAAGGGCGUUAUAAGGAGGUUUUGGAAAGGCGCCUGAUCCUAAAGAAGCUUACGGAAGAGGAGGCCUAUCGUAGUGUAGACCUGGCGGGACCGUUUAUUUCGGGACAGUCUUGGGAUGUAGAGGCCAGUGGGCGAGAUCGGGGCAAGGGGUAUAAAUACUUCCUCGCCUGCGCUUAUGCGGUGCCAGAUAAGUAUGUACCUGCUGCGCCGGUGGAAGAUGAUACUGCCGAGUAUGCACCGUCAGAAUGCGGAGAGUUGUUAUCGGUGCCCCCUGAUGAAGCUGGUCUCAGUGCUCCAGUAGGGGCUCCGGAGGACGAUCUGUUCGGGGACCUUUGGGAGCUUCCGGUGCCGGGGUUGAAUGCGGUUACUCAUAGGGUCAAGGGGAAGAAACCGGAGUCUGGAGCAGGGGCACUGGGAUCAGCAGAGUUGCCGGAUGCACGCUCACCGGCUAAGUCCGGCGGGGUAGCAGGGGUGGUGCAUCCUCCAUUGCUGCCCUUUGGUCUGAAAGUGCAGGGUGAUUUCGUAGUGAUUGGAGAUGAUUUGGACGGUUCGGAGCCUGAAACUGAUGAGAAUCUAACCUAUGUCGAAGAAGAAGAGGCUGGGUCUGGGUUCUUCUUUGAGGUAGGGCACCCAUCGUGGACGGGUGUCACGAUCGAUGUGAAGUCUGCAUUCUUGUAUGCCCCGAUACGAAGCGAAGGUAAAGGGACUGAGGAUGAGUAUCACUUGGUUCAGACGCUUUCGGACGACGCCUUGUGGUUAGCUCGUAAAACAACAAGGACGGGUUACGGCGAUAUUGAAGGUAUCCUGGUCGUGUACGUCGAUGACCUUGCGUUCCUAGCCCCAAGGGGGCUUGGGGAGGCCUUCGUGGCGGCAGUACAGGAGAGGUGGAAGACCUCCACCCCAGAAUGGUUCAGUGAGAGGCCCUUGACGUUUUGCGGUAUGGAACUAUCUCAACAUGACCACGGAUAUCGCAUGAGUCAAUCUGCGUAUGUGCGCGAACUGUUGGGGCGUUACUGUAUCGAAGAGUCUGCGUCGACGCCGAUCACCCGAUGGGCAGAGCCAGAGGUGGGAUCUCCGCCGUCUUCGGAGGAAGUGAAAGAAGCGCAAGCGAUUACAGGAGCCCUUUUGUGGUUGUCUACCCGGACACGUCCAGAUAUCGCGUACGUGGUUUCGCGUUGCGGUCAGCAAGCGACGAAGUGCCCUGGUUUGUCAGUGAGCCUGGGGAAGCAGGCUUUGGCGUACUUGAGGACUACGGUAGAUAUGGGGAUUGAGGUUCCUCAUGUUGUCGGGAGACGCAGCGUCCAAGGGAUUUUCUUGCUGUGGAAGGGAGUCCCGGUGACGUGGGAGUCAUCCCGUCAAUCCUUCGUUACUUUGUCGUCGGCAGAGGCAGAAUUGGUUACAAUGAUCUCGGGGUUGCAGACGGCGGAAGCAGUUUUGCCUUUAGUGCAAGAGCUCAUAGAGCAGGAUGUUACCAUUUCGUUGCUAGCCGACAACGAAGCAGCAAUCAGGGCAUUUGACGCCGCUUGGCGUUACUGGCUCUGCUACCGCGAGCCCAAGGGCAACCAGCUGAAGACCGGAGUAGCCUUAGCCUGGGGCUGGUGGUGGCUAUACGGCUUUGAGGUUUGGCAGGUGAUGGUGUUUGAGCAGUGCAUUGGAGUGUUUAUCUUGAUGUUGGGGAUGGCGGCGGAAGAGUGGCUGCUUCUCAGA